AUGAAACCGCGCAUUGUGUUCGUGUUGGACGUGUCGGGCAGUAUGGGUGGCGCCAAAUGUGAGACAUUACAACUGGGUAUCCAACGGUUCAUUGAGGAUCAGGCGGGUGGCAGUCACGUGGGUAUCGUCCUGUUUGACGACAAGACCUGGACUGAGCACCCGAUAGUCCCGGUGACCGACAGCGCCACACGACAAAGGCUCAAGGACAAAGUGCCGCGAAUGGCCAGAGGUGGCACUGAUAUAAGGGCCGGCAUUUUAGAGGGACUAAAGGCGUUAAGGGCGGCUAAUAUAGCGACAGAGGGCGCCAUUUUGUUUUUAGCUACCGAUGGCGGGCAUUGCACUGGUAAUAGGGAUUACGUGGGUGAUGUACUACCACACGUGCUCCAGGCAAAGGUUAUCGUAAAAUGUUUGGCAAUAGGCACUAGUGCUGAUCAAAAUCUUGAGCGCCUGACCACUAGCACCGGGGGAACAGUGUUUAAUCUGAACGAUGUGAGCGAAAAUAGUCGCGAGAUGAUGGCCCGGGUGAUCAGCGCCGCCAUGGAGGAGGUGAACAUGUCUACGGAAAUGGCCGAGGUGGUUAUUGUAUCCGUGUAUAACGACAUCGUGGUGUUGGACGAUAGCCGAGACACACAAGUUAUAAAUAUACCGAUCGACUCGGAUAUUGGGCGUAACACUAGUUUACAGGUGAACUCGCAAGACAUCGAUUUACUGGAGAUUAGCGUUAUCUCCCCUUCCGGUCGCAUAUUCGACACCACGAGCGGACAGUUCCCUAAGGACUUUGCUCUAAAACGUGCAAAACUACUGAUAGACACGUGUGAGCCUGGUCAAUGGCGUGUGCAACUGUCCAAACAGGGCAAGGCCCACAAAACUAUCCGCGCACAGGUAGUCAUUCAAAGUGAGCCAAAAACUAACGCCGUGAUUGAGCUGAACGUAUGCCUGAGAGCACCCGAUGUCGACUGUCCACCACUUAUUGUGUGUCGACUCCAUAAGUCGGAUGAGCCGGUUGUCGGCGCUCUGUUGACGGCAACUGUGGAUAAGCCUAGCGGCACGCCCACUGAGUUAGCGCUCAAUCGCUACCAUACGAGUGGUUAUUAUUACAAUUAUUUCACCGAUUAUUGCGGUUCCGGGAGAUAUAAUGUCAGUGUAUUGGCCACCAGUAAUGGACGUACGACUAAGUAUAAGAAUAAAAUUGUGGACGAAUUUCGCCGCCAAAAAGUGGCCGACAGUUUCCAAAUCAAUACCCAUAUGCCGGGGGCGCCACCUAAUGACAUCAAAUUUAACGAGCUUGUUCAAAAUAACACAUUCGGUUCGAUACAUUAUACCAACAACGAGGCUAUUGUUAUUGAUUCGGAUGUGGCACCAAGCUCAAUUCAUAAUCAUAUGCCCAGUAAUGUCCAAUUAAUAACCGAGGACAUGAGUGUCAAAAGGGGGCGCUUAUCGUUGGAGUAUAUGAAAGUGAAAAAGGCGAUUAGAGAUGCAAAAUUGUCUGAGCUAGAUAAAACGACUCGGAUCAAUCAAUUGGCUGAUUUCGAUGAUUUUUUGACCUCGCUCAAAAAUCCCACUCAACCUGAGUUAGAUCGAUAUCAGAGACGUUUGGAUGACAUGAGAAAAACUUUAUAAAUUUUUUAUAAACGAUAAUAUUUUUUUUGUUAAUAAUAU